AUGGGUGAUCGUGAAGCUGAUGUCCCAGCCCCAAUUACUCGAGCGGAUCUGGACGCUCAAAACCAACGGAUCGACAACCUAACCACCCAAUUUGGGGAGAUGCGAGAAUUGUUGUUGCAAGCUCUUGGUGGCAACCAUAGGCGAGGAGGCAGGGAUGACGAAAGAAGAGAAGGCAGGGAUGAUAAUCGAAGAGAAGGUAGAGAUGGCGAGAGAAGAGAUAAUAGGAGGCAACUUAUUCCGGAUAGUGAGUCAGAGUCAGAAGAAGAACUUGAAGAACCACCACCACCGGCUAAUAAUCCUCGUAAUCGUAAUCGUAAUUACGAGAAUUUUGGCGACUAUCGGAUUAAAGCAGAAAUUCCUAACUUUUGGGGAACUCUGAAGAUUGAAGACUUCUUGGAUUGGCUUGUAGAAGUGGAGAGGUUUUUCGAUAUUAUGGAGGUUCCUGAGCAUAAAAUGGUGAAGAUGGUAGCUUUCCGUCUUAAAGCUACAGCGGCUGUUUGGUGGGAUCAAUUGCAAAAUUUACGGCAGAGGCAAGGAAAGCAGCGGGUUCGAACAUGGCGGAAGAUGAAGUCGCUUAUGAUGGAACGAUUCUUGCCCACAGAUUAUGAGCAGAUUCUCUACCGUAUGUACCUAGGCUGUGCGCAAGGCACCCGUUCAGUUUCUGAAUAUACCGAAGAAUUCAUGCGUUUGGCAGAACGAAACCAUUUGACUGAGACUGACAACCAAAAGGUCGCGAGGUACAACAAUGGGCUGAAGAUUUCCAUCCAGGAAAAAAUUGGUAUGCAGAAUAUAUGGACUUUGCAGGAGGCAAUUAACAUGGCAUUGAAGGCUGAAUUGUUGGAGAAGGAGAAACGCCAACCCAACUUCCGCAGGAACACGACGGAAGCCUCUGAAUACACUGCUGGUGCUUCUAGUGGCUCGGGAGAUAAGGGGAAAGCACAGCAGCAGAAUCUUGGAGGACCGACAAAACCAGCAACAGUUGGCCAAAACAAAAAUUUCAACGAAGGUAGCAGCCGGAAUCACAACAGAGGGCAGCCCCGAAACCAGUCCCAGAAUCCGUAUGCUAAGCCCAUGACGGACAUAUGUUACCGUUGCCAAAAACCAGGGCAUCGUUCUAAUGUUUGUCCAGAGCGGAAGCAGGCCAACUUUAUCGAAGAAGCCGAUGAAGAUGAGGAAAACGGUGAAGUCGGGGAAGAUGAUUAUGCAGGGGCUGAAUUUGCAGUUGAGGAAGGAAUGGAGAAGAUUACCUUGGUUAUGCAGAGAGUUCUUUUGGCACCAAAGGAGGAAGGGCAGCGUCAUAGUAUUUUUCGUUCCCUCUGCUCAAUCAAAAACAAGGUGUGUGAUGUGAUAGUCGACAAUGGAAGUUGCGAGAAUUUCGUGUCAAAGAAAUUGGUGGAGUAUUUGCAGCUAUCUACGGAGCCUCAUGUCAGCCCUUACUCACUAGGUUGGGUUAAAAAAGGCCCUUCGGUUCGUGUAGCUGAGACUUGCCGAGUGCCACUGUCAAUUGGUAAGCAUUACAGAGAUGAAAUAUUAUGUGAUGUUAUUGACAUGGAUGCAUGCCAUAUUUUGUUAGGGCGACCUUGGCAAUUUGAUGUGGAUGCAACUUUCAAGGGACGAGAUAAUGUAAUUCUGUUCUCUUGGAACAACCGGAAAAUUGCAAUGGCAACCACACAGCCCGCAAAGCAAUCUGUUGAGCCCAAGACAAGGAGUUCUAGUUUCCUAACCCUAAUUCGCAGCGAGCAGGAGUUGAACGAGGCUGUCAAAGAAGCGGAGUGUUUUUGUCCCUUGGUGUUGAAGGGGUUGUUGAAAAUUGGCGGAGGAGAAGGUGACAUUCCACAAGAUGUGCAGCAGAUUUUGAAUCAAUUUCAGGAACUACUUUCUGAAAAUCUGCCAAACGAGCUGCCUCCUAUGCGGGACAUACAGCACCGAAUUGACUUGGUGCCUGGAGCUAGCCUUCCGAAUCUGCCCCAUUAUCGGAUGAGCCCCAAGGAGAAUGACAUCCUGAGAGAACAGAUUGAAGAAUUACUGCGGAAAGGAUUUAUCCGGGAGAGUUUGAGUCCCUGCGCAGUUCCUGUUUUGCUGGUUCCAAAGAAAGACAAAACUUGGCGAAUGUGUGUUGAUAGCCGGGCAAUCAACAAGAUAACAGUCAAGUACAGGUUUCCCAUUCCACGGUUAGAAGAUAUGCUGGACGUUCUUGGCGGCUCAAGGGUGUUUUCCAAGAUAGAUUUGCGAAGCGGAUACCACCAGAUUCGCAUACGACCUGGAGAUGAAUGGAAAACAGCGUUCAAGAGCAAGGACGGAUUAUUUGAAUGGUUGGUGAUGCCAUUCGGAUUGUCAAAUGCACCUAGCACUUUCAUGCGACUCAUGAAUCAGGUUCUUCGACCAUUUAUUGGUUCUUUUGUCGUUGUUUAUUUCGAUGACAUUUUAAUUUACAGUACCACAAAAGAAGAACAUCUUGUGCAUUUGAGACAAGUUUUAGAUGUGUUGAGAGAAAAUAAGCUGUAUGUGAACCUUAAAAAAUGUACUUUCUGCACAAAUAAGCUACUGUUCUUGGGUUUUGUUGUUGGUGAGAAUGGUAUCCAGGUAGAUGACGAGAAGAUCAAGGCAAUCCUUGACUGGCCAGCUCCAAAGACAGUUUCUGAAGUUCGAAGCUUCCAUGGCUUGGCCACCUUUUACAGAAGAUUUGUGAAGCAUUUUAGCACCGUUGCUGCACCUAUCACAGAAUGUUUGAAGAAGGGCCGGUUCAGCUGGGGAGAGGAGCAAGAGAGAAGCUUUGCAGAAAUAAAAGAAAAGCUUUGCACCGCACCGGUUCUAGCUCUUCCAAACUUUGAGAAAGUUUUCGAAGUUGAAUGUGAUGCCAGCGGUGUGGGAGUCGGAGCUGUGCUCUCACAAGACAAGCGGCCAAUUGCGUUCUUUUCUGAAAAGUUGAGCGAUGCACGUCAAAAGUGGAGUACUUAUGACCAAGAGUUCUAUGCGGUUGUUCGAGCUUUGAAGCAAUGGGAGCACUAUCUUAUCCAGAAGGAAUUUGUUUUGUUUACAGAUCAUCAAGCGUUGAAGUAUAUUAACAGCCAGAAAAAUAUUGAUAAAAUGCAUGCUAGAUGGAUGACUUUUUUGCAGAAAUUUUCGUUCGUUAUCAAGCAUACUUCCGGCAAAACCAAUCGUGUGGCAGAUGCGCUGAGUAGGAGAGCUUCAUUAUUAGUCACGCUGACUCAAGAAGUUGUGGGGUUUGAAUGUCUGAAGGAAUUAUAUGCAGGUGACGAUGAUUUCCGGGAAAUUUGGAUUAAGUGCACUAAUCAAGAGCCAAUGGCAGAUUACUUUCUCAAUGAAGGUUAUUUGUUCAAAGGCAACCAGCUGUGUAUUCCAGUUUCUUCUUUAAGGGAGAAGCUCAUUCGGGACUUGCAUGGUGGAGGGUUGAGUGGCCACCUAGGCCGUGACAAAACAAUUGCAUUGAUGGAGGAGAGAUUUUACUGGCCACAGCUCAAACGUGAUGUUGGAACUAUUGUGCGCAAGUGCUACAUUUGUCAAACUUCGAAGGGGCAGGUACAAAACACUGGAUUAUAUAUGCCAUUACCAGUUCCUAACGAUAUUUGGCAGGAUCUUGCUAUGGAUUUUGUCCUCGGAUUGCCCCGAACACAAAGGGGAGUGGACUCUGUAUUUGUGGUGGUUGAUCGGUUCUCAAAAAUGGCGCAUUUCAUAGCCUGCAAAAAGACUGCCGAUGCAUCAAAUAUAGCCAAACUGUUUUUCAGGGAGGUUGUUCGCUUGCAUGGGGUUCCUACAUCCAUUACAUCUGAUCGUGACACCAAGUUCUUGAGUCAUUUUUGGAUCACUUUGUGGAGACUGUUUGGGACUACUUUGAAUCGUAGCAGCACUGCCCAUCCCCAAACUGAUGGCCAGACUGAGGUUACAAACCGGACAUUGGGCAAUAUGGUGCGAAGCGUCUGUGGAGAGAAGCCGAAACAAUGGGAUUAUGCAUUACCGCAGGUGGAGUUUGCAUACAACAGUGCAGUCCAUAGCGCUACUGGGAAGUCUCCAUUUUCCAUUGUUUAUACUGCUAUACCUAACCAUGUUGUAGAUUUGGUGAAACUGCCUAGAGGCCAGCAAACCAGUAUGGCAGCGAAAAAUUUGGCUAAGGAAGUGGUAGCCGUUCGAGAUGAGGUCAAGCAGAAACUUGAGCAAACAAAUGCUAAGUACAAAGCUGCUGCGGAUAGGCAUCGACGUGUUAAAGUGUUUCAAGAAGGCGAUUCUGUGAUGAUAUUUCUGAGGAAGGAGAGGUUUCCAGUUGGCACUUACAGCAAGCUUAAACCGAAGAAAUAUGGUCCUUACAAAGUGCUCAAACGGAUCAAUGAUAAUGCCUAUGUUAUUGAGUUACCGGAUUCCAUGGGAAUUUCCAAUAUUUUUAAUGUUGCAGAUUUAUAUGAGUUCCGUGAAGAUGAGGUUCUUUAUCCCGAACAUAACUCGGGGACGAGUUCUUCGGAGGUGGAGAGGACUGAUGUAGAACAGAUUGAAGAUUUUAUCGCGGUUGAGCAAGAAAAGGGACGUGGUGGGAAUUUGCAGAAUUGUCGUCCGAGCUCCGAUUAG